AUGCGGCCGAACGCUCAUUCCAGCACUGUAUGUGCCCGCUGUCUCAGCCGCGGUCGGCUGUUCUCGACAACAGCUCCAUCCCGUGUCUCGCAGAAGAGCGAUGCCCUGCCUGCCCCCCCACCGACCACCGGCUAUGCGCGACUCACGAACCGGGGCCUGAUCUCGAUCACGGGCAUCGAUAGCACGACUUUCCUGCAAGGUCUGAUCACGCAGAAUAUGCUUGUCACCAACGAUCCGAAUCGAGCAACCCGCCACACGGGAUCGUAUACCGCCUUCCUUAACUCCACCGGCCGAAUCCUGAACGAUGCGUUCCUCUACCCGUUGCCGGAAACCGAAGCGUCUGCGUCCGAGGGCCCCGCGUGGCUCGUCGAGGUCGAUAAGAACGAAGUAGCCAGCCUCAUGAAACAUCUCAAGAAACACAAGCUUCGGGCGAAGUUGAAGCUGCGGGCGCUCGAGGACGGCGAACGCACCGUCUGGUCGUCGUGGAAGGAACACACCGAGCCUCGAUGGGCCGCGUAUAACCUCGAAUCGCCCGCCUCGUCGCCGUUCUCCGCUUCCUCCCCCGUCGCUGGCUGCGUCGAUACCCGGGCACCGGGCUUCGGAUCCCGCAUCAUCACCCCCGGCGCGGAGGACCUCCGGUCCCACCUCCCGGACGAAACGCACGUGGCGGGCUCGGAGGUCGAUUUGGGGUCUUAUACGGUGCGACGGAUGCUGCAUGGUGUGGCGGAGGGACAGUCGGAGAUUAUUCGCGAGUCGGCGCUCCCUAUGGAAUCCAACAUGGAUAUGUCACGGGCCAUCGACUUCCGCAAGGGCUGUUAUGUGGGCCAGGAACUCACCAUCCGGACCCAUCACACUGGCGUGGUGCGGAAGCGCAUCUUGCCCGUGCAGCUGUAUCCAGCGGACCAAACCGCCACUGAGACUGGCGAACUCCCCGUCUACGAUCCUUCCGUCGAUCUGUCGCUGCCCCCGAGUGGGUCCAACAUAUCCAAAGUUAGUGCGCGGAGAGGUCGCAGCGCAGGGAAGUUCCUAGGUGGGGUCGGAAAUAUUGGUCUUGCCCUGUGCCGUCUGGAAAUGAUGACCGAUAUCGCGCUCACCGGCGAGGGAACCCAGUAUACUCCCGGCCAAGAGUUCAAGGUGUCGUGGACGGGGGCGGAGCAGGAAUCGUCCGAGGCUCAGGAGUCGGGAGAAGUGAAGCUCAAGGCGCUCGUGCCGUCUUGGACCAGGGAUUUCAUUUUCUCGGGUGGCGUGAGGAACGCCUCCCAUCAAAACCGUGCCGACGAGGGUCAUCGGGCCAGAGAUUUUGUGGAACAGCUGGGGGAAGAAGAGGAGGCACGACGCCAUGAGUGA